CUCCGACGGUCAGUGGCUGCUGCUGUGCUCAUACUGGUAGUCGCAGCCGUUCCGUUUCGCCCCCCGGCGGCCGAUGGUUGGGCCACGUCGCCGCGCCUUCCAUUAUUAGUAGCGCCACCACCACGCACACCACUGUACCCUCUCCCACCACCACCACCACACAGACCGAACCCCCCACGCCGACAACCACCAGGGAGCCACCAGCCAUGGCGCUCUCGCACGCGAGCUCCAUCGCCCGGGACGACGCCGUCGCCUGCACCUUCGCGUCGCGCUACGUGCGCGAGCGCCUGCCGCGGUACCGGAUGCCGGAGCGGUCGAUCCCGCGGGAGGCGGCGUACCAGAUCAUCAACGACGAGCUGAUGCUGGACGGCAACCCGCGGCUGAACCUGGCGUCCUUCGUCACCACCUGGAUGGAGCCCGAGUGCGACAAGCUCAUCAUGGGCUCCAUCAACAAGAACUACGUCGACAUGGACGAGUACCCCGUCACCACCGAGCUCCAGAACCGUUGCGUAAAUAUGAUAGCUCACCUGUUCAACGCGCCGAUUAAGGAGGAUGAGACUGCUGUCGGAGUUGGAACAGUGGGAUCCUCGGAAGCAAUUAUGCUUGCAGGCCUAGCAUUCAAGAGGAAAUGGCAAAACAAGAGGAAGGAACAGGGGAAGCCGUAUGACAAACCCAACAUUGUCACCGGUGCUAAUGUUCAGGUUUGCUGGGAGAAGUUUGCAAGAUAUUUUGAAGUGGAGCUAAAGGAGGUUAAGUUAUCUGAAGGAUAUUAUGUCAUGGACCCUGUCAAGGCUGUUGACAUGGUGGAUGAGAACACCAUAUGUGUUGCGGCUAUCUUGGGAUCUACUCUCACAGGAGAGUUUGAAGAUGUCAAGCAAUUGAAUGACCUUCUUACUGAAAAGAACAAGGAAACUGGGUGGGAUGUGCCGAUUCAUGUUGACGCUGCGAGCGGAGGGUUCAUAGCGCCUUUCCUGUACCCUGAGCUUGAAUGGGACUUCAGGCUACCACUAGUGAAGAGCAUCAAUGUCAGUGGGCACAAGUAUGGCCUUGUCUACGCUGGUGUUGGUUGGGUAAUUUGGAGGAGCAAGAAGGAUUUGCCUGAAGAGCUCAUUUUCCAUAUAAACUACCUGGGGACAGACCAGCCUACGUUCACGCUCAACUUCUCCAAAGGUUCUAGUCAGAUCAUUGCACAAUACUAUCAGCUCAUUCGCCUUGGCUUCCAGGGGUACAAGAACAUCAUGGAGAACUGCAUGGAGAACGCUGCGAUCCUGCGGGAGGGCAUCGCGGCGACCGGCCGGUUCGACAUCCUGUCCAAGGACGCCGGCGUGCCGCUGGUCGCCUUCUCGCUCAAGGACAGCAGCCGGUUCAGCGUGUUCGACAUCUCGGAGAACCUGCGGCGGUUCGGGUGGAUCGUGCCGGCGUACACCAUGCCGGCGGACGCGGAGCACGUGGCCGUGCUCCGCGUGGUCAUCCGGGAGGACUUCAGCCGGACCCUCUUGGAGCGGCUCGUCGGCGACGUCCUCAAGAUCCUGCGCGAGCUGGACGCCUGCGCCACCCACGCCGUGCGGGUCGCCACCGCCACCGCCGCGGGGCAGUCGGGCGACGGCGGCGGCGUCGUGGCCAGGAAGAGCAUCCUGGAGAUCGAGCGGGAGGUCGCCUCGCGCUGGAGGGACGCCGUGAGCAAGAAGAAGACCGGGCCGUGCUGAUUGACGCGUGGAGGAGGAUGGUUUGUAUUGUACGUAUGUGCUUGUGUAUCUGUGCUUGAAGCUUGGAUCAUUGUAUGCGUAGUCGAACUCCGUGUGUUCUUUGCUUUGGUGGUCUUGUACCGUAUAGCACGAGAUCUGGCUGUUUGUGUUUUGGAUGGCAAUGUUCAGGAACGAACCAGAAAUAAUGGAUGUCAGGAUGUGGAUGUUGGAAUUC